AUGGGCGCCGCGCGCAAAGGUUACGCCUGGCUGUGCGCCCUGCUCUGGCUGCUGGGGAAGCCGCCAGGAGCCGUUUUCGUGGCAAUUUGUGCCCGGCAGGGAGACUCGAGCUGCCGCUUCUUGUCUGUGUCUGAUCUUUUCGACCGGGUGAUCCAGCACUCGGACAGGCUACACAGCCUCUCCACGGCGCUCUACGUGGACUUGGAAAAAAACUUUCUACCCAAUGGAAACGAGUUGGGCAAAUGGACAGGUAAAUGCCACACCUCCAGGAUGCUAACGCCUAAUGGCAAGGAGUAUGUCCAAAAAAUACCGAGAGAAGAACUAACUCACUUGAUACUGAGACUCUUGCAAGCCUGGAAGGAACCACUUUCCCACUUUGACCAGAAUAUUGGUCAUCAUCAAGAAUUAUCUAGUGACAGCCUGAGCAAAGCAAAGCAAAUCAGCAAUAUGGUGCAUGAGCUGAAGACUGGAAUGGAGAAAGUAACAGAGAAGAUGCAGUCAAUGGGAAUCAUCAGCAAUUCAUUGAAUGGAAUGGGAUCAUCAGAAGCAGCUGGUUUAUCCAUUAGUAAUGAAGCAAAUUUGAUGAGUGACUAUGAGUUUAUUCACUGCUUCAGGAGAGACUCCAAUAAAGUACAAAGCUACUUAAAAAUUCUUAAAUGUAGGAUUUGGCCAGGAAAUAGUUGUUGA